CUCAGGCUACUUGGAGGUGUUGAUGAGACACGCCACCCGUUGUUUUCAGUAAGCCAUUAUACAAACAAACCCUAAAAGAGUCCCGCGACUAAGCCUUCGACCAAUCACAGCGCGAGAUACGUGGCUUUUGGAUAUAUCCUUUACAAUCGCCUAGGCUUCCGGGCUUUGAAUGUAAAUUGUAUAGUUUCACUCCCGCGGGGCUUUUCGAUACAGUUGAGUUGUUGCCGUGGUAAAAAUGCCGCAGUAGAAGAAUACAUCAUUUUAGCUGAUUGAAAUAGCGUAGAUGCGCAACAUUUUUGGCUUGAUCUCGCGUGGUAAGUUUAUGUUCGAAUCGUGCUUUAGUUAGCCGGUGACAACAGCCGAGAAGGUCACUGCCAUAGAUCUUUUGCGUCACAAGUUCUCGAAAGCGUCCUGCUUAUUAAUCAUUUUCUAGAAUUAUUCCCUGUUAAUUGAUUUCUCCUUCGGUUUUACCCCUCUUUGUUCCUAUUUGAAAGGAAAACAAACUCUCGCAUACUACGAAAUAAUUCUGUUUUAGAAAGCGAAAUUAUCUGGUGGUUAAUCAAUAUGUGUGUUCACUGUUGCAGUGUUUGAGUGAAUGGUAACAGUCGCAACGGGAAGCAGCUUCUAAUGCAGCCUUCAACAUGAGUGCAGUCUUUCACCAAGCAGUAUUUGAAGGCGAUACAACCAAGGUCAAGUUUAUUUUAAAGUAUGGCCAAGGAAUACGAGUGAAUCAGCCGAAUAAAUAUGGCUUAACCGCUCUACAACAAGCUUGUAUUGAUGGCAACUUGAGCCUGGCUAACUUUCUCCUCGAGCGUGGUGCGGACCUGAAAACUGUGGAUUCAAAUGGCCGCUCUGCGCUUCACCUCGCCGCUGAGCGAGGACAUUUGGACGUUGUGAGCUUGCUAGUGAAUUCAGCCUGUGCUGAUGUUAACGCUAGAAAUAGCAAUGGCGAAAAACCGGUGGAUGUUGCCAAGAACGAGCAAAUUCGAGCUUUGCUAUCGCAAGCGAUGCUCUCAGAGAAUUUCAAACAGAAAUGCUCUCUUGCUCAAGGUUGUGAGGAUAGCUGUGGGUUUAAAAAUGUUCCUGGCUGGCGUUAUUCGAUUUCGAGUACAUCCACAGAUUCUGGAGUAUCUGAAGACUCUAGUUAUAGCCAUGACAGUGGUUUUGAAUCGAGAUAUCCCAGUCGAUACUUCAAAACCUCAAGCUUUAAUGAAGAACGAGCGGAGCAAAUCUCUGAUUACUACAUUACCGAUUGUAACCGCGACCAGACACCCGACCAAGGGGAACUAAUUUACACUCGACGAGUGGAGCCGGUUGUUUCACACAGUACAUUAACCAAAAGUCACUCUUUCACGGGAACGCGACACGAAUACAGUGCGAAAUUAGAGAACCGGCCGGAAUGGGGGGAAAACUCGGCCUUUGGGUCCCCAGAUCGGUAUCAACGGAGGCAACCGAGAAAUCGCCGAGAUCCUGCAAGGCGUAAGACCGUAACCUUUGGUGAAAAUGCAUCGUAUUUUAUUUCUGCUCGCGAAGAACAACAAUAUCCGCGAAGUCAUUCACUAAGUAUACCAUCAUCAAGCGGCAAUAGAUACCCUUCAUCUGAAACUUGGGUUACCUCGGCUACACCGCAUCAACCAAACUCCUCGCGGAGGCUUUCAGAAGAGCGCCAACCUACUACAGCGUCUAGUGACAAAGAGAAAAUCGGCAACGCGGAGAAACGUGAAAAUAUCCCUCGAAAAGAGAGGAAAUUGAAAAAGCACAUUCUACCAAGUUUCUUAGAAAAAUACGUACAUUAAGUAAGGUUCGUUAAAAAAUUGGGGUAUUACCAACAUUUAAAUUAUGCAUACAGCGUCGAUUUAGUUGAAAAUUUACAUUGCCUUCACUUUGUCGCCCAGAAAACCAUUCAAGUGUAUAAAACACUCGACAUGUUUAACUCAAGAUGUUGAUAUAUAUAUUUUGAAUUUAUCGUGGAUAUAUUGCAAAUAUUGUAAUAGUUUCCUCCCUGUGAUUGCCUUAAAUCUUUGUAAAAAGUUUUGUUAUUAUAAAUUUCAUAUUUGGAAUUUUAAAUAAUACAUGUAUUCUAAACUGACUAUCUAUUUAUAUAGGAUGAUGUAAACUAUUGUAUAUUCACCUGCGAGAACACGUUUCUGGUUGCAAAAUUGUUUUGGGAUUUUUCAGUUUAAAAAUAAUUCAUGUUCAUUGGUGAGUCAUAAAAUAAUAAUACUUAGUUUUUUGUUUUGGGAAUAUUACAUCUAUUUAUAACAGUCAUGAUUUUUGUAGCAAAAGAAUCAACCUUUUCUGGCUUGCUGUAUAUUUUUAUUUGGUGUA